AUGUGCUCAGCAUGCAAGCAUCUCGGCCUGCAAUGCGAGUACAAGCGACCAAUGUGGUGGAGCAACAACGAUGCCAGGCGAAAGCACAAGGACGACAUCAAGAUGAUCAUCAAGCGUAAGAAGUUGUCGGAGAAGGCGUCCCACGCCACCAUUCAGACUUCUGUCAACUCCCCACCCGGCUUGUCGCAUUCUCUCCCAACAUCGGCAACCUUCUCAGAUCCCCUGGAUCGCACAAGAUCAGCGUCAAUCGACUCGCAUUUCUCCUUCAACUUCAACAGCCCGCCCACAGUGUCGGACUCGUUCCAAUACAAUGCGCAGUUGCACCCUGAUUUCAUGUUUGGUGCAUUCCCAUCGCCCUAUGAGAUCGAUGUCAAGACCGAGAGGCAGAUGUUUGUUAAUGAUGUCCCCACACUGAGAGAGUCUACAAUCUCAACCUUCAGCACUUACCACACUCCUCCACCUCCCGGUACGAUCCUACCAUCAUUCCAAGGAGAAGGCGAGUGGACGGAGCAGGUGUACUCAGAGCGACGAGAGUCGCUCACUGAAGAGACUCUUAAUGUCAACUUCUUUGACUUUUCUCACGGCCCUGCCUCCAGCUCAAGACAUGUCGCCAUUGAAUUGGACGAGGGUGAUCAGAGGCUCCUCGAUCACUUUAUUCAAUUCGUGCUCCCGACUAUCUUUCCAAUUCUUGAGUCAAACCAGCAUGGAUCUGUUGGCUCCGACCUCAUCCUCCCAGCGCUUCAGAGUAACAAAGGCUACCUGCACUGCUGCCUGAGCAUCGCCGCGCAGCACUACAAGUCAAUGGCUGGUGUGCAAAGCGAGGAGAUUGACAGCGAUAUCAUGCGCCACCGCUAUGCAACCAUCUCUGCUCUCUGCGAUGCCUUGAACCGGGACGAAAACCACCAGCAGAUCCUUGAGGCCGCUCUUGGCCUGAUCUUCUUCCAAUGCUGCGUCGGUCGCUACGAUGACUCUCUGCCAGACAUCCCAUGGCACCAGCACUUUCAGGCUGCGAACUCUCUUGUUCAGAAACUUGAUCUCCCUCGCAUUGUUUCUGAUCCAAAUGAGCCAUUGGCCCAGACACCGUUCAACAUGACACUCACCUCGUGGAUUGACAUCCUCGGCGCCACCAUGCUAGGUCGCUCUCCUCAUUUCGCGCACACCUACCGGGACAAGCAUUUGUCUACCAACCCAUCUCUGGGUCUGCGUGAGCUCAUGGGCUGCGAGGAUCGUGUCAUGUACUUGAUCUCCGAGAUUGCCUGCCUCGAGUCAUUGAAGAAGGAGGGCAUGGACGACAUCACUCUCUGCCAACACGUGCACGUCCUUGGCGACCAAAUCGGCCUAACUGAGGUCGGCGAAGCCGCACCCAAGAUCCCUUUCAAUGCCAACGGCAGCCUGAGCCCGAAGCAGCUGAGCAAGAACAUGACAGCCGCCUUCCGCCUUGCCGCACGCAUCUACCUCUGCAGCCUGGUACCCGGCUUCAACCCCAGUCAACCCAGCUGCAUCGGCCUCGUCGAGAAGCUGACUGCAGUGCUGGAGCUCAUCCCCUCCGGCCCCGCGGGCUUCGAUCGCAGCCUGGCCUGGGUUUUCCUUAUCGGCGGGUCCGUCAGCACACCUGGCUCGACCUUCCGGGUCUUCUUCGAGGACCGCAUCGCCCAGCUCGGCGAGCUCUCCCACUUUGGCUCCUUCGGCCGCGUGGCUUGCCUCCUCCGCGAGGUCUGGGCACAGGCCGACUCGCAGGCCUGCUCGCCGGUCAGCGCGGUGUCGACGGAGGCGCAGGCACCACUACCACAGUACGUCCACUGGCGGGACGUCAUGCAGAUGAAGGGCUGGGACUUCCUGCUCAUCUAA